AUGCGGAGGAAAAGGAGUGGUAGCCUCAACACCCCAGAAAUGCUUGCCAAGAAGUUCCAUGGCAAGUCCCAGAAGAGAAUUGUGUUACAGAGGUUUGCGGAGAAGGCCCGAAGCUGCAGCAAGAGGCGCUUGCGGAGGUAUGCCUUCCACGUGGCUUCAUGGUUUGCUUGUGCCCCCCCACAUUACAUCCCCGGACCACUGGAGAUGGAGCUGCUUCUGGAUUAUCUGUUCAAGCUGGGAGGGGGGCAGUUGCCAGGUCGGCUCCAAAAGGUUUUACCACAAACACUGGCCUCGCUUGAGAGCAUGCAGCUUCCUGGUUCGGCCCUGGAGGAGAUGCGGGAGAGGUUGAGAAAGACGCUUUACCGAUUCCGGUGCUGCCGAAGCAGAGCUGAGGUGGAUCUUGAUUCUGAAGCGCAGGAGGAGUCUGAGGUGGAGCGGCGGGAGGAGGAUGAGGAGGGCUACGAAGAGGAGCACGCAGGAAGGGAGGCAUCUGCCGAAUCUUGCGAAGUGCGGGCUGUUGAGGCUGUUCGCCUGGAAGAGACCGAAGAAGAGGUUCUUGCAAAUGGCUGUGAGGAUUGUGACAGGUUGUUACACAGUGCGUUCUCCAAAGAGCAGGCCAGGCAAACAACCUUUCUGGCUUCGGAGUUUGCUGCAAUGCCAGAGGAUUCCGCACCACCGCACCUCUUCAGGAAGAUGAAUGACUGGUCGAACAUGGUGAACCGCGAAAAGCUAGCCUUCCUCAAAAAGCUCCAGCUUGCAAGCAAGAAAGGAGGCAGCCAGAGUGUACUCGCAGAUGCCAUUUGCGCGGUUGCAGCUGCCUUGUCGGCCCCCAGAACACUUCUGGAAUGUACAGAUGGAACUUGGGAAUGUGCAGAUGGUGCAGACAGCAGUGCUAUAGCAGAAUCAGAUACGGCACCGAAGCUUCAGCAUCGGGUCAGGUCCCUGCUGCUUCAGCUGCUGCGAGACUGGAAGGCCAAUGGUUUUGAUAGCAGUUCGAUCCACAUGACGCUGAUGCAUGUCCAACGGCAGCUAUCCACGUUCGAACGCAAAGUAGGAGACCUCGGGCUUGCCGCAGCAGCUCCUGACUGGCUGGCAAUCCGGCAGACGCUGGAGGAUUUGCUGCAGCCUGCCUCAGAUCAAGGGGCUGGAGAGUCCAAGCGGAAGCGAACACCAUUGUUGCCGUACUACAGCACAAAGGAGGCUACGGCACAAGCAUUGACUGCAUUGGGCGGCGCUGGCACCCUACAACAGGUCCGGGUUCAUCUCCGCAACCAUCCAGACUUGCUUGCAGGCGCCAAUGCUUCCAAUCUGGAGCGUAUCCUGACAAACAUGCGUUUGAUCAGGUACUGCGAGCGGCGCGGCAAGAACGAAGCAGGCGAGGACAUUUUUGGCUUACCUGCCGCUCCGCGCCCGCGGGGGGUCCAAAGCAGGCAGGGAGGCUUUGUGGCAGCUAUGCAAACUCCUGAGGCCACCUUUUUUGGCCCGGUGAGGCCAUGCCCACAGUCGGCAAGCCGAGACUACGAAAAGCUUCUGCACAUGCGUGAGAUAAUGACUCCAAAGGCGUUGGUAGAUGAAGUCUAUGCCUGGGAUGGUGCAAAGGUGGGGAAGGGCUACAAAGGGAGACUGCGGCGC